UUUCAGGUGCGCGCAGGGGGCGGGGCCCACAGGAGUCCCGUGUGUGCGCCAGGUUGACCUGAAGUCACGCGACCUGCUCCUCGUCCUUCUUCGUGGCUCGCGGACGGCGCACGUCUUUUCCUCCCCCAGGCGUGACCUCGGCCAGCAGCAGAGGUAACGCCGCCCGAACUCCCGCUGAAGAGAGCGCGCGGCCGGGCGCGACGGCAGCUUUUUGCGACGACGCUGAAGACGCGCCGACGUCACCAUGUCCGGAUUAGACACGCGCCGGGAUCAUGUCGACCCUCGGCCCGAAGACCACGUGAGCCAAGAGGAGCCGACAGACACCUGGGGCCGAGCCGGCGACCCGCCGGGAUGCGACCGGCUGGAGAGACGUUGGCUGCUCUGGCACGGCUUCAUGACGGAACAUGCUCACUUGGACGCUUGGCUGCGAUUGGCCGAGCAGGCGGUGGCCUCCCACGACUGGACUCGAGUCACUUACGCCGCAGCCAAGGACGACGUCGGGAGGUUUGAGAGGCUGCGGUGCGAGGCAGGCUCGCUUCUGGUUCAUCUGGACGCGCUGACCCAGAGGAACCGGACCCUGACCGCGCUGUUCCAUGGGGCCAUGCGGACUCGCCUGUUAGCCGCGGCCCGGGACUGCGGCCGCAGGUGGGACCGCCUCAACGUCAAGCUGGAAUCCAUCAGCGGAAGGCUCAAGGCUUUGGUGCGCGAGUGGGAAGAGUUUGAGGAGGAGACCGAGGAGCUGGCCGUCUGGUUGGCCGAGAUGGAAGUCGGGCUCGCGGGAGUCCAACACGUGACGGGGAAAACGUGCGACAAACUCCGACAACUGCAGUCUUUCCAGCGGAGCGUUUGCGCGAACUCCGGUCGCGUGAACGGGGUUUUGGAGCGCGGCGAGGCUCUGAUCCUGCGCGGCGCGGGCCGCGACGCGCAGUGUGUGGAGCGCCGCCUGCUGGAGCUUCUGCGCCAGUGCAGUCACGUCUACGGCAACAUCGCGCGGGCGCAAACCAGACUCCUCAGCAUGAGACUGGUCUUUGAGGAUGACUUCCUGCUGACUCCGCCUCCGGAUUCCGGUUGUCCGUCGGAGACCUUUUUGUUUGAGGAGGAGGGAGCGCUUGACAAAGUCCACCGGGAGCGCAGUCCUCAGCAUGAACAACAAGUCGAUCAUCUUCAUCGUCGUCACUGUCCUUCGCCGCCGUCGCCUUUCCAUGAGCACUUGGGUCUGGAGUGGGACCCCUCAGUGGACGUGGGACACUCCGGCUCCUGCAGCGACUUCUCCUACUGCAGUGCCAGCACAGGUCCCAAGGACACCCCAAAGAUGCGGAGCUACAUUAGUUCCCUCAGCUCAGAAGACAACAUCAAGCAGGAAGAUACGCUGCACUCGACGACGUCGCCGGCUCUCCCCGAUGUGUUCUCGCCCGAAUCGGACAUCAAGAGCCUUGGCGGGGACCGUCGGGCGACCUCCACGCCAAAACAGGACGGCGAUGGGCGUGUGAGGGCGUGGCUGGGAAGCCAAGGCGCUCUCCGUCCUUCCUGCUGUAAAGCCGUGCAGACGGACGCUCAGUGUUCGGCCAUGGCCAAAUGGGAUCCCGCAGAUCUUUUCACUCACGUCCCGAGUUGCCAUGGCGAUGACCGCACGGGCGCCUCUCAUGAGAGCUCGCCGUCCCGUGACACGAGUUCCUCGACGAGGGACCGACGCCAGGCGCGGACUCCAGAAGAGGAGGACGAAAGCUGCAGGGGCUCCGGGAUCGCGCCUUGGGUCGCGCCGCGCCCCGGCGUCAAGUGCCUCCUGCUGGCCGCCGCCGUGUCGCUGCUGGCCUGUCUCUUCUGGAGCUUCUUGGAGGCGCCGUGCGGCCGCAGCGUCGUCGGCCCCUCGGGCAGCCUGCACCUGAGAUACGUCAACGGGCCCCCGCCCACUUGAGGCCGCGCGCCGCAUCCCAUCAUGCCGCGAUGACACAGAUGCCGAUCGAUUGGGCCUUGAGUUGUUUUGGUUUGGUUUUUUUUUACAUAGCAAAGGCUGUGACUCCAUCGUGAAGAUUUGGGAAUCCCCGCAAGGAGGUUGUCGCAUGAAAAGUCCAACUAAACGUCCGUGUUGAAUAUGGGUGGCCGGCGCAUUUGUAGCCCCCUCGUAUUUUUGUGAUCGAUAGGCAUCCCUUCCGACAAAGGUUCACGUCCCCGCCGGUGCGCCAGUCGGCAUUUGGGCUUUCUGCGGACGUGCGUGCCUGUGUGUGGAACAGCCUUGAUGCUUUGCCGUCCUUUGAAGCAUUUCACUUUUUCGAUGGUCAAGCUUCACGAAACCUUGUGAAAUGUGUCGAUCGAAUAAAAAGAAAGCCUUUGUCUGUUUUUCUACAAAGAACAUCAAAUAAAGUGGACAUUUUAUGACUUU